AUGAUGAUGAUGAUGAUGAUGAUGAUGAUGAUGAUGAUGAUGAUGAUGAUGAUGAUGAUGAUGAUGAUGAUGAUGAUGAUGAUGAUGAUGAUGAUGAUGAUGAUGAUGAUGAUGAUGAUGAUGAUGAUGAUGAUGAUGAUGAUGAUGAUGAUGAUGAUGAUGAUGAUGAUGAUGAUGAUGAUGAUGAUGAUGAUGAUGAUGAUGAUGAUGAUGAUGAUGAUGAUGAUGAUGAUGAUGAUGAUGAUGAUGAUGAUGAUGAUGAUGAUGAUGAUGAUGAUGAUGAUGAUGAUGAUGAUGAUGAUGAUGAUGAUGAUGAUGAUGAUGGUAUUGGCGAAAUGA